GUCGGCGGCGCUGGCCUCGCCCAGCUCCGCGACCCCGGCCGCCGCGGCGGCCUGCUGCGUGGUCGACGAGGCGCUGGCGCGCGCGGCGCCGCCCAUCGUGGGCUUCGGCGGCGCGUUCACCGACGCCUCGGUGAGGAACCUCGGCAGGGCCAGCGACGCCCAGGCAGCGGUCGAGUGGAUGUUCAGCCCCGAGGGCAUGGGCUACUCCCUCACCAGGGUGCACAUGGCCUCCUGCGACUUCUGCGAGAGGAGCUACACCUACGUGGAGCCUGGCGGGGACCUGCAGUGUGCCGCCUUCGGCCUCGCGCCCGAGGACGGCGCGCGCAUGGAGUGGCUGCGGAGGGCCGCUGCGGCGCGCGGGGCCCCGCUGAAGAUUGUCGCCUCGCCGUGGACGGCGCCGCCGUGGAUGAAGACGCGCAACAAGGGCUUUGUUGGCGGGGAACUGCGGCGGGACGACGAGGUCUACAGCGCCUGGGCCAGGUACUUCGUAAGCUUCCUGUCCGCCUACGCGGACUGCGGCCUGCCCGUCUGGGCCGUCACGCCGCAGAACGAGCCGAACGAGCUGCCGUCGGUGCUUAGACAGACCUGGGAGACAAUGUUCUGGGACACUGGCGAGAUGCUCCGGUUUAUAGGCCAGUUCCUCGGGCCGGCCAUGGCAGCGGCGCACCCCGAGGUCCUGAUCGUCGCGCACGACGACCAGCGGCUCGACAUGCCCGAGUUCGUCGGGAGGCUGGUCGAGGAUCCGGAGGCGCUGGCGUGCAUCGGGGGCAUCGGCUUUCACUGGUACCAGUACCCUCCGAAGCCGUACGGCGGGGCCGGCUGGACAGACUAUCUGUGGCAGUUGGGCGGCCUGUGGAGCGUUCUGCCUGGGGACACGUUCCACCUCAUCCGCGAGACGAGGCAGCUGCUGGCCCAGGCCGACCGCGGCGACGCCAUCCUCGUCUGCACCGAGAUGUGCGCGGGCUUCGCCAAGUCUCUCAGCCCCCCCUGCCUGGGCCCGAGCCCAGGCGACUGGGACCGGGGCGAGGUGUACUGCGAGGAGAUCCUCCGCAGCCUGUCCUGCGGCAUGACCGCGUGGCUGGACUGGAACCUGGUCCUGGACGCGGCGGGGGGGCCCAACUGGGCCAGGAACAUGUGCGACGCCCCGAUCUGCGAAGAGCAAACCGCGGCAUGGAGCAGGAGCCUGCGCCAGGGCUGGCCUACACGGUGUUCUUGGUGAUUUCGUGGGCCGUUGUCGUUUCGACUUCGUGUUGCG